AUGGCCAGUACGUCAACCUCAGCUAGUUCAGAGGCCCUGGGUAAAGAAACAGAGAUUUUUGAUCGCCUGUUUCAGCUUGACGAAGAAGAUGUUAGUUGGAUCAAGAGACGCAUCAGCAGGCACAUCGCAGCCUGCAAACGAUAUGCCAGCGAGAGGCCACCUCGGUGGAGGGAAGCUCUGCGCGAGGCCAAUGAGGCUUCCACCAUCGCAUUUGCCGAGGGUAUGACCGGCAUCGACUCCAAGAUCAACUUUUACAUAGCCCAUUGUUACAAGGGAAUGGGUAUGUGGCGAGAGGCCCACUAG